AUGGCUCAGCAACAACGAAAUGAAACGAUAGUACCUAUUUUAGUAACUUAAGAUGAAUAUAAUGAAAUUAUGAAAUAACCAGAUUAUAUACAAUAACAACUCUUAUAAUAAUUGCAACAGAAAAAGUAGGAAUAAUAAUCAUAAAUAUAUCAGCAUCCUUACUUACAAUAUCAAAAUUAAUAAGAAAAUAGUAAUAGGGGAAUCCCUCCUAUCCCUUAACACCCCAACGAUAAGACAUAUUAAUAAUAACAAUACUAUUAAUACACUCCUCAGCAAUAGCUUCUUUAAUAGUAUAAUCAAAAUUUAAAUUAAAAUUUAAUAUAAAAAGAAAUCAUAAACUUGUAACAUAAAGAAAUUGAAGUUGCUGGUGAACAUGAAGUCAACUACUUUAAUCAAAACCUCGCCAAGUUUUUUUCGUUGGAAUUAGCAAUCUCUUUAGUGUUCAAUUUUAUAUCAGCAAUAUUUCGAAUGAAGAUUAUUAAUAGUUAUUGGCAUUGGAGUUGCGGAUUAUGGAUUGUCUUAAUUUCAUAUGUUCUCCUGAAUUUUUUCAUUUUAACCAAUCCAAAGCUAAUUCUAUAAAACAAUCGUUAAAAGUCCAUUUAUGUUGUUCAUGUAGUUUUAUAUUCCUUGUUGAUGUAAGGAUUGUAAACAGCAAUAUAAGGUUAUGAAUACUUCAGAUGGAACUAUUUCUUUUUCUUUUAUUUCAUGAUAGCUGCUUGUCUAAUUUCAGUAGGAAUGACAAUAUCAAAAAAGGGGAUUAAACUUGCUUAGCCAGUUUAUCUACCAGCUGCAGUUGUUCCUGUGUGCUUUGUUUUCCUACUCCAAUUCUUCAUUUCAUAUAAAUUUUAUUGGCCACUUCUUUUAUGGGGAAUUGUUGUAGUGAUUCUUGCAUAAGGAAUAUUAUUGCUUUUUAAAAGAAUAAAUAAAAUUGGAUAUAGCAAACACCAGACCAGUGAUUUUUAUGCGAUGGCAUCUGUUAUGCACAUUCUAAUGAUCAGUCCAUUUUAUGAUAAUGAAUGA